UGCUUCACUUCAUAUCUCAUCUCAAGUUGGAAGGCUCGCUGAGCAAUUUCUCCUUGCUCUCUCACAUGGACCGACGCAUACAAUCUCUGUUGAACCGGCUUUCCUGUGCAGCUGUCACCGUCGCCACUGUCACUCUCAUUCUCCUCUUUGUUGAAACUCCACAGACAUGCAUCACAGACGAACCAAGUGCCCCACAGGUCAGGUUCCCGAAGUCCUCUUGCGAAGCUACCCACCGUGAGAUUGUCUCCAUUGAGAAGAAAAACAAACGCCUCUGGUCCACUAGGGACUGGCAAAAGAAAGUCAAUUCCUUCACUGAACUCUUCCACGGAAUUCGCCAACUAGGUUUGCUCGCCAACCACUCACGGGUCCUCUGCGUUUCAGCUGGGGCUGGCUAUGAAGUCAUGGCAUUAUCAGAGAUGGGUGUGACUGAUAUCACUGGGGUUGAACUUAUUGAUUCUCCUCCACUGGUGAGUAGAGCUGAUCCCCAUAAUCUCCCCUUUUUUGAUGGGGUUUUUGACGUAGCCUUCAGCGCACACCUUGCCGAGGCAUUGUUUCCUUCUCGUUUUGUUACCGAGAUGGAAAGGACAGUUCGACGUGGUGGUGUUUGUGUUCUUGUUGUCGAGCAAUGCUCGGAAGAGGAUCUACAGGAAAUUAAAGGCAUGUUUCAGAGUUCCAAUUUUCUUGGUGCUCGGAAUGUCACAUUAUUUGGAUUGAAAAUGAUUCAGAUUAUAAUGAGAAAUAGAAUACCUCCUUGAAUUCA